AUGAACAUACCAGCUUCCCGCCAGCAACUAGUCGUCUCUAUCUACAACAUCUCCACAGGCAGUGUUAUGCUCCUCUGGGGUCGUUUAGCUGACGUGUACGGCCGCCGUCUGGGCUUCCUAACAGGAUCUAUCCUCUUCACCUUAUCAACUCUCUGUCUCCCUUGGUCCAGCUACGAAAUACCGUUCUACGUAUUGAGAGCUGUUCAAGGCAUGUCAGCUGCGGCCAUUAUGCCUUCGGGUAUCGGCAUUUUAGGAUCCACCUUUGCGCCAGGUCCAUCGAGGAAUAUGGCUUAUAUCACCAUGUCAGCCAUGGCCUCCCUGGGUUCGGUCGUUGGCAGUCUUUUGGGCGGUUUUGUAGGGUCUGCUCUUGGUUGGAAGUGGGUGUUCUGGAUACCUGCUGCGGCCUCUGUUUGCAUCACCGUUUCUGGCUUGGCUAGACCCGAUAUUGAUUGGAUUGGAGGCCUACUAGUUUCUUGCAGCCUGACACUGCUCCUGGUAGUCAUGACGCAGGCUAAUGUUGUCGGAUGGUCUACACCUUGGAUACCACCGCUGUUGAUCAUGUCUUUGCUGGUAUUUGGUGGAUUCAUCUUUUAUCAGUGUCGACUCGAGAGGGACUCGGACCGUAUACCGUUGAUACGCAUGUCUAUGUUCAAGAAAAAGAAAUUCUCGGCGCUGUUUGUGUUGGUGGGUUGCUUCUAUGCAUCUUUCAACGGCUUUCUCGUGUUUGUAACCUACUUCUAUCAAAACUAUGAGGGACUAGACCAGUUGCAGACGACACUUCGAUUUCUUCCCGCUGGUGUUUCUGGCUUACUUGUAUCAUUUGCCGUCUUUCCAGCUCUCAACCAUCUCCCAUCCUUCAUAGUCUUGACUUCAGGCCUCUUAUUCAGCAUCAUAUCUCCGUUCAUACUCGCUCUACCAGCUAUCCCACCAAGCACUACUUAUUGGGCAUGGGGUUUCCCUGCCAUGUGCUUCUGUAUGAGCGUUGAGAUAGUCUGGCCCGUCUUUAGUCUGCUUACUGCCAAGUCUUUACCCCAAGAGGACCAGUCUCUCGGCGGCGGCCUUCUACAGACAGUAAAUAAUAUCGGCCGUGCUUUGGGUUUGGCGGUUGCUACAGCUGUGCAGACCUCAGUCUCUGGCGAUACGGAUGACUUCAUAGGAUCGGAUGAUUACUUGCGGGGCCUAAGAGCUGCUCAGUGGGUAAACUUUGCUCUGGCAGCAACUUCAAUGUUGAUGGGCCUGAUUUUUUUCAGAGGAUCGGAGAAAGCAUGA